AUGCCCUUCGAUCAGAAGAAUGGACCUAGCCUGCGCUUCACCAACAUGGAAAUUCAACCCUACGAAAACAAGGGAGGCCAAAAGAAUAACAUAAUUCCCCUGAAGGAGGCACCCCAGUCGAAAUUGAAGUUAAAGGAUAAGUACGCGUUGACCCCACAUCUGUGCACCCUCUCAGACACGGAAAAACGCCUGUUGGAACGGAACCACGCUCGCGUCUACCCCUUCGACAGUUGGGCUCGUAUCAAGUGGAGUGCCUAUGCCCUGCCUACCUCGCCUACAGAGAUUCACCAGGUCUCGCUCACGCACGCCGUCUACACGGAUCCCCUACCGGGUCGAUUGCCACCACUCAUUUACAAGUAG